CUUAUACUCCCCACCUUGCCUCCUCCCCUUACAUCAUCUAUCCUCUGUCAUCCCCUCUCCUGCUCCUCAGACCUCCAGGAUGCAGCCACAGGAGAAGGUCGGUUUGUCCCAGGCGGCUCUCGUGUUGGUUUGUGGACUACUUAUUGUUAGCUCAGAUGGUUCCAAAGCAAUGAAGCGAACACCACCAAAGACAAAGAGUUGUGCCGACCGCCAAGAAGAGGUAUUGGAGCAGAUGUAUGGGCAUCUGGCUGCCGGUAUGCUUAAUGCCUAUCACCACACUUUGCAGCUGCAGCCACUGGAUAGAGAGAACGUCAGUUGUCCGGCAGGAACCCAUCAUAGUGCCCCAGUGAAUGGCAAGCAUCGGCUGCCUGUCAACAUACAAAGCAUUUCCCCAUGGGCUUAUAGGAUCUCAUAUAAUCCCACAAGAUACCCCAAGUACAUCCCAGAGGCAUACUGUCUAUGUAAGGGCUGCCUGACCGGACCCUACGGAGAGGAGAAUUUGAAUUUCCGCAGUACACCAGUGUACAUGCCCACAGUCAUUCUCCGGCGUACGUCAGUUUGCGCUGGUGGCCGCUCUGUGUAUGUUGAGGAGUAUAUCACUAUUCCGGUGGGCUGCACCUGCGUACCGGAACAGGAGAAGGAGGCAGAGACAGAAGAGGUGAAUUCCAGUUUGGAGAAAGAGAAGUUUAAAGUUCCUAUUAAUAAAAGUGAGAAACCUUCAUCCAGCUGAACACAGACACGAAGACUAGGCCAGAAGAGGACUAUUACGUCUAUAGAUACCUCCUCACGGUUUUCUUAUAGAGGAUAAUCUUCUCUCUCUAAAGAUCUAGUUCAGAUGUUGAGUAAGCAUAAAUGCUAGGGAGAUGAGGAGGCCCAGUGCUGUAUUGUAUCUUAUGCAGUGAUAAUAAGAAAAUGUAUAAUAAGAUUAGCCAAAUGUAUUAAUUCUGGUAUUUAAUCAUGUCCUAAACUGCAGCUAGCCAAGCAGUAAUAGAGGAGCUCAUCUCCCUACAACACAUCAGGUGGGGUACACUGUAAGAACAUGGAACAUCCGUGACACUCUAUACAUACAGAAGGUGCACAAGUGAAAUGCUAGAAAGAGGGGGACACAUGCUACAUACACUAGGAAAAAUAAAUGUACACAUUAAUAUAACGGGUCAGUGUUAUUCGAAACGUUGCUAUAACGUUUCUGUUAGGGAGAUUAGCCCAUGUUCCCCUAUAGAUGAGGUGAAAAAAUACAUUUACAUUUGUCAAGCAUUGCCUGGGUGACUUCCAUUAGCAUUAAGGGAUUUUGUUGGGUUUUAGAAUAUAUUAAACACAUAAUUAGUUUUGAUUUAUAGAGAACUAAAAAGUACAGCUUAAUAAUCAAAUUCAGAACAGAAUUACAAAGUGAACUCCGUGCACUUCCAAAUGUCACAAAGCCUCCAGCAAACCCACUGCUUAGUACAUUUACUCCUAAAUGUGUGGACUGACCACUUGCUGGCCUUGCCCUUUUCUCUUUAACUUUGCCUAGAUGUGGAAAAGGCAGCAAUUGUCUUGGCUGAAAUACUCUGUGCUACUGUCAAGAUUCUUGUGCUCUAAUACAGCUUGUUCUACAUGCAGAAAAUUAGGAAUAAAUGAAAUAUGUACUUAGACUCUAAUAAAAAAAACACUUAAUAUAAAAUAAAUAUUAAGAUUUUA